UUUCCUCAUCUUUAUCGUUGGCCGGAGGCGCAGCCGCGUCUCAUCAGGCCCCGCGGCCAGGCCCCGACCGCCGGCUCGCCCUUCUCCGGCGGAAACCCCGAGGGGCCGGACUCACGCUCUCAAACGCCUAGCGAUCGCGCGGGGAGGGGCCGCUACCCGGAUGUCACCCGCCCGGCCUGGGUCCCGAGUCCCGGAAGAGAGUCUGUACUUUCUCCUCCGGCGGAGGCGCUGGCCGCGGGCUCGAGGGCCCCCGGUGUCACCACCCGUAGUCCGCAGGCCACUCCAGCGCCUCACAUCGACCCGACUCUGGCCCAGGGGCAGGAAAGCGGCAUGGCAGCCGAGGACCUCCAGGAGGACUUGACCUGCUCCAUCUGUUUGGACUAUUUCGAGGACCCGGUGUCCAUCGAGUGCGGCCACAACUUCUGCCGUGGCUGCCUGCGCCGAAGCUGGGCGCCGGGUGGCGGCACGUUCCCCUGCCCCGAGUGCCGGCAGCCGUCGGCGUCCGCCGCGCUGCGGCCCAACUGGGCCCUGGCUCGGCUGACGGAGAAGACGCGGCGCCGGCGCCAGGACACCGUGCCCCCCGGCUUGUGCGGCCGCCACUGGGAGCCGCUGCGGCUCUUCUGCGAGGACGACCAGCGGCCCGUGUGCUUGGUGUGCAGGGAGUCCCGGGAGCACCAGGCACACACCAUGGCGCCCAUCGACGAGGCAUUCGAGAGCUACCGGAUACUUCUAGCUUUUAGCUUGAAGAUCUUCCUUGGUCAUCCUUUCCAGAGUAGCCCUACCCCUUCCAUUACUGACGGUGUAACUCCAGUGGUCUCCAAAAGAGAAAAACUUCUUAAGACUCAGUGCAGUCUGACGGCCAAGAUGAAGCAAGCCUUGCGUUUACAGGACAUGGAAGUGAAGAAUGCUGCAGAGUGGAAGGAGAAGAUGAAGAAUCAGCGAAUGAGACUGAGCGCAGAGUUUGCAAAGCUGCACAACUUCCUUGCUGAAGAAGAGCAACUGUUUCUUCAGAGACUGAGCGAAGAAGAAGAAGAGACAAAGAAGAAACGCAAUGAGAACAAACUAAGGCUCCAUCAGAUAAUCACGUCGUUGAAGAAGCUCAUCUUAGAGGUUGGGGAGAAGAGCCAGAGUUCCACCCUGAUGUUGCUGCAGAAUCCAAAAGAUGUGUUGAUCAGGAGUGAGAACGAGGAUGUGAACUAUUCCCUUGAAGUUCUAAAGGUGAAGACUGUGUGCCAGAUUCCAGUGAUGAAGGAAAUGCUGAAGCGAUUCCAAGUGGCUGUAAAUCUGUCUGAAAACACAGCUCAUGCCACACUGGUCUUCUCCCAGGAAGGGAGAUAUGUGAAAAAUCCAUCAUCAGCUGGUUCCUGGCCAUUAUUUUCUACAGCAUGGAGCUACUUUGCUGGAUGGAAGCGUCCUCAGAAGAACACACACUUUGUGGAGAGAUUUCAGCACUUACCCUGUGUUUUGGGGAAAAAUGUUUUCACUUCAGGGAAACAUUACUGGGAAGUUGAGAACCGAGAUAGCCUUGAGAUUGCUGUGGGGGUGUGUCGGGAGGACGUUAUGGGGAUUAUGGAUCAUUCGCAAAUGUCCCCCGAAGGGGGAGUCUGGGCGCUCCGUUGGAGUCCUACUAAGCAGGAGCCCCCUCUUCACCGGGUGGGAGUCUUCCUAGAUCACGGGGCUGGGGACCUCUCGUUCUACAAUGCUGUGGAUGGAGCGCACCUCCACACUUUCUCUUGUCCUAAGGUCUCACGCCUCCGGCCGUUUUUUUGGUUGAGUCCAUUAGCAUCUUUAGUCAUCCUCCCACUGACUGGUGGGAAAUGAGGCUCUACUUCCCCUGCCCAAGCACCUCUCCCUGUACUCCCUGUAUAUCCCUUGGCCCUCCUCUGCCACUUGAUACAUACCCAUCGGAUGGUAUAUCAGUGCUGUCCAUGCAGAUUCCAGUCUCAUGCUUUGUACACUGCUCAUGGACACACAGGGUAGACCGUGCUGGCUGCCUUUCCAGAAGCCGCUAAUCCCAUUCUUCCCCUCCUCUUCUGGUUCUGGUUCUAACUGAACUGUUUGGUAUGUGCCCUCCAUGUGCUUCAGGAGGGGUAGUUCCAGAUAGUGAGACAGAAUAAGACAUUUUCCGGGGUGCUUCUGGGGAAAGUUUUUGUAGUUUUUAAAAGGUGUUUGGGGGCACGCAGCCCCUCUUCCGUUAGCAGUGUAUUGAAACUGAGGCGAGCACAGUAGUAGCAGGUGGGGAGGGGAAAUGUAGUCUUUGUUGGCAUCAUUAAACUGUUGGAAUUUCCCUAA